ACGGUGUGUUCAGGCUGGUGUGGGAGAACUCGAGUGUCCUGUACAGAGCCCUGACCUCAACGCUACUGAGCACCUUUGGGAUUGGAUUGGAAUGCAGACUGCACCCCAGACCUCCUCGGCUGACAUCAGUGCCCGACCUCAGUAAUGCUUUUGUGGCACAAAUCCCCACAGCCAUGUUCCAGAUUCUAGUGGAAAGCUUUCACAGGAGAGUGGAGGCUGUUAUAGCAGUAAUUGCAGGGCAGAAUCCAUAUUAAUGCCCAUGGUUCUAGAAUGGGAAGUCCAAUAAGAUCAUAUAGGUGAUGCUCAGACGUCCACAUACUUCUGGUCAUAUAGUGCAUUUAAACACUAAGUAGUGCAAUUAAAAAUACUGCACCAAUGACUGAUAAAGCCAGUCAGGAUGCCUUCACUGGUGCAUCUGUGGAACAGUCUGAUGAUGCAGAGGGAGCUCAGAAUGCUCGGCUUGAUGUGUCAUUAUAGCAUGAAAAUAAUCUCAGAAUAGAGAUUAAUCAUCAGAUUAUUCUCAUCUGAAGUAGAAAAGGAAGAAAGUCAUGUCAUUGGAACAGCCAUUUCUAAGGAGUAUACACUAUGUAGCCAAAACUAUGUGCUCCCCUGACCAUCACACCCAUGUGUGCUUGUUGAAUAUUCCAUUCCAGACUUACUCCCCCUUUACUCUUAUAAUAAGCUGCACUUUUCUGGGAAGACUUUCCACUAGAUGUUGGAGCGAGAGUGUGGGGAUUAGUGUUCAUUCAGCCACAAGAGCAUUAGUGAGGUCAGAUGAGGAGGCCUGGCACACAGUCGGCAUUCCACUUCACCCAAGUUCAAGUUCACUUUAUUCUCAAAUGUUUGCAGAAUACAGAGUACACAAGAAACAGUGAAGUUCUUACACCACAGAGUCGCGGUCAUACAGUUAACAUGAAGUGCAUACAAACAGACAGAACAUAGAGAGAGGGUUCACCUGGGUGGGAGGAAAGGUAUUACACACAUCAGACUGCAUGGAGAAUGAGCAGUGCAAAUUACAAGACGUGGUUUAAGAGUGAAAAGUGAAUAUUGAGGAGUAUGAUUUAAAAGAACAACAACAAAUCAGUGUUAUAGUCGAGUCAAUAAACCUUAAGUCUGAGUCCAGUCUCGAGUCUCCAGUGUUCAAGUCCAAGUCAUUAAAAAAAUUUAGAGUCAAGUCCAAGUCAAGUCCACUAUUGAUCCAAGUCAAGUCCGAGAACAAGACUCCAACUGCACCAUUUGACGGUGGCUGUUUUAACGCCAUCAACAUUAGUUUGUUCCUGAACAUGACAGGUGAAUGUGCAUUCUCUUUAUCAGGGAGUGUGAAGUAUUCUGUCAGAGAUGGUUGGGAGACAGAUGGAAGUGCAGAAGGUGUGUUUAUUAAUACAAGUGAAGACACGUAAACAAUCCAGAACAGCAGGCAAAAUCGUGAAACAGGCGAUAGGUCGAGCGAGGCACAAACGGUUUAUCGUAGACAUGGCAGAAUCAAAGAUGAGAAACAGGAAAUCAGGAACCCAAACAAGGAAAUAAGGCUCGGUAAUGUGUCAGCAAUGCAAGUCAAUACUUUGCAAAAAAGAAAUGAUGUUCUGUUACAAGUCACCUCCUGCUCCUUGUGUCCAGUUUCAUACACCUCUUGACCUGACCUCCACAAACACAAGAAGAAAUGGUACUGCUUCAGAAAGCCUUCAGAUACCUGGAGAAAUCAAAUCUGAGAACCUGUCCACAAAAGGAAUGAUGUUCUCUUGCAAGUUGUCUCCUGUUCCCUUUGUCCAGUUUCAUACACCUCUCGACCUGACCUCCACAAGCACAUCAAGAGAUGGCACUGUAGAAAGACUAAAGAUAUCUAGAGAAAUCAAAUCUGAGAACCUGUCCACGAAAGGAAUCAUGUUCUGUUGCAAGUCGUCUCCUGCUUCUUUUGUCCAGUUUCACACACCUCUCGACCUGACCUCCACAAACCCAUCAAGAGAUGGCACUGUGGAAAGACUUCAGAUAUCUGGAGAAAUCAAAUCUGAGAACCUGUCCCCAGUAAGUUGCAGUAGUCAGUCUGGUUCUCUCCUCACUAAGACCUCACCCAAACUAAUAUGGAAAAAAAUCCACCAAUGCUUAGACUGUGGGAAGAGUUUUGCUAGACUGGGAGACCUCCAAAAACACCAGAGAAUUCACACUGGAGAGAAACCAUACCAGUGCUCACAGUGUGGAAAGAGUUUUACUCAAGAGAGUAAUCUCCAACAGCACCAGCGGGUUCACACAGGAGAAAAACCGUACCACUGUACGUGGUGUGGAAAGAGUUUUACUCAUCAGCAGAAUUUUCAAACGCAUCAGCGAAUUCACACUGGAGAAAAACCAUAUCAGUGUUCACAGUGUGGAAAGAGUUUUACACGCAAGAACGCUGUACAGCGACACCAGCGCGUUCACACGGGAGAGAAACCGUUUCACUGUAUGCAGUGUGGGAUGAGUUUUAGUGAGAGUUGUACGCUCAAAGAACACCAACGACUUCACACAGGAGAGAAUCUGUUUCACUGUUCAGAGUGCGGGAAGAGUUUUCAUCAGAAGAAAACUCUACAAGGACAUCAGCGCACUCACACUGGAGAGAAGCCAUACUUCUGUACUGAGUGUGGAAAGAGUUUCAGUCGGAUGAAUACUCUACAGCAACACCAUCGCAUCCAUACAGGAGAGAGGCCAUUUCAGUGUUCAGAGUGUGGACAGACUUUUGCUCAACAGAGUACUCUCCACCGACACCAGCACAUUCACACCGGAGAGAAACCAUAUCACUGCUCACAGUGUGGGAAGAGUUUUAAUCGCAAAAAUACUUUACAACUCCACCAGCGCCUUCACACAGGAGAGAAGUCCAACACUGAGGAGAGCUGUGGGAAGAGUUUUGCUAAACUGAAAUACCUUCAGAAACACUGGAGAAUUCACACCGAAGAGAAACCGUAUCACUGCUCACAGUGUGGGAAGAGUUUUACUUACCAGAGUUCUCUCACAAUACACCAGCACGUUCACACUGGAGAGAAACUGUAUCAGUGCUCACAGUGUGGGAGGAGUUUUACUCAACAGAGUACUCUCCAAACACACCAGCGCAUCCACACUGGAGAGAAACCGUAUCGCUGUGCACAGUGUGGGAAGAGUUUCACUCAACAGAGUACUCUCCAAGCACACCAGCGCAUCCACACUGGUGAGAAACCCUAUCACUGCUCACAGUGUGGGAAGAGUUUUACACGAGAGAAUCAUCUCCAGACACACCGGCGGAUUCACACAGGAGAGAAGCCGCAUCGCUGCUCAGAGUGUGGGAAAUCCUUCACUCAGAAGAGUACUCUAAUGAGACAUCAGCGUAUUCAUGCUGGAGUGAAACCGUAUCAGUGCUCACAGUGUGGGAAGAGUUUUAAUCAAGAGACCCACCUCCAGCAACACCAGUACACUCACACAGGAGUGAAGCCAUAUUAUUGCUCAGGAUGUGGGAAGAGUUUUACCAGACUGAAUACUUUACAACACCACCAGCACAGUCACACAGGAGAAAAGCAGUGAUUUUAUACACACACACAGGACCAGUGUAGCUAAUAGAUUGUCUGUCUGAUUAAACAGCUGGAAUCAGGUGUGCCUCCUGAUUGGUUAGUACUAAAACCUUGCAGCCACACUGGUGAGAUUGGACACUGAUGCGAUUGGACACACGUUCCGUAUUGUAUAAUUAUCACAAUAAUAAAACAUUCAUUGUUAAUGUAUUUUCAGUGAUCAUGGCGAGUUGUUCAUACUGCAUAGCUCUUUGGGCUUGACAUACCAUUUAAGGCACAAAAUUAAACUG